GCCUCUGCUAAUCAAGGAGUUCCCUAUACUCCCGACAUGGAAAAUUUAGUUUUAGCUGGAGCCCCUCAAUGGAAUAUGGCCAGAGCAAAAGAUCAUGAUUCCUGCGCACCAGACCAUGCAAUAAUAAAUAACGGAGAACAACAUCCACCUGCAACAAGAUACACAUGGCCCACUACUGAUGAAGGAGGAUGUGGUGAUAUAACUUAUGACAACUUAGCUACUUAUUAUAGUAAAAAAUGGUGUGAUGAUGAUCAUUUUAGAGUUAUAUAUACACUCUAUAUUCCUAAAGAUGGAUUUUCAGGAAGUAUUCUAGGGGAAGAGUUUGGGCAUGAUCAUGAUUUUGAAAGCAUAGUCGUAUCUUGGAAGAGAAUAACCGGAACUUGGUAUCGUGACGAAUUAAUCAUGAGCAGACAUAAAGGAUGGGAUCACAAACCAUGGGAUGAAGUUUUAAGUUUCAAUUCUGAUGGUACAGAAGAAGGAGAAGGAUUAGAAUUUCCAAAAAUAUUUGUGGG